AUGGCGGCCGCCGGGGCUCGUGAGCCUGUGGCGCUUGAGCGCAUCGUGGGAGCUCUGAAGCUGCUGCUAAGCCCCGGAGGAUCCGGUUCCAGUUCCCUUCAGAUCACAAAACAUGAUGUGCUGUUGGAUACUUUAAAAUCUAACUUGUCAGUGUUGGAUAAAAAGUUUGAGGAGGAUCCUCAGUGGAAGGAACUGAAGAGCUUGCGAGAUGAAAUUGCCGGGAAGGCAGAAUGGUUGCAGAACUCUGUGGAUGUCACCUGGAGUUUUACUUCUCAGCUCUUGGUUUUACUCUUAUGUCUAAAACAAAGCAUGGUCCUGCUGGCCGCUAAUUUCCAGCCAUCCCAGCCAAAUCCCAGAACUGCAGAAGCUGCUCCUGCCCUAAGUCCUGAUACACUUAGUGUCUAUCAGCAGAAAACCGUUCAGUCGGCUUUGCAGUUUGUGGUAACCUUGGGCAUCUGCCCCUUCCUUUUGACUGGUGUUGGAAUACCCUUGCGAUGCCGGACAGAGUUCGGUGCUGUUAUUCAAGAUGUCGUCUCCUUUGCUGCUGCCCCCAGCGCGAUUCAUAGACUCUAUACAACCUGCAUGCUACUGCUGGAUAUUGCAAAACAUGUGUUUCUGGGGAGUCUGAUUCUAAGUCGCCACUUUGGAGACAUUGCAGCGGGGCUCUGCCAGCUAGGGUUCUGCCCCAUGAAAAGAAAAGAUGAACCAGCAAAGCCUGGGCGAGAAGGUCUGAAGGAAGAAGAGAGGGGCCGAGCAAGAGAAGCCUUGCAGAGCAUUUUGGAUCAAGUCUACCAGCCCCUGGUUGUUCGGGAGCUGAUUCUUCUCCAGGGAGGAGCUCACCAGACAUCCUCAGAUACGAAAAUGCCAGCUAGUAGUCGGGCUCCAGCCUGGCUCCGACGUCUUUGUGGACAGCUGCUUUCAGAAAGGUUGAUGAAACCCCAUGGUGUUCAGGCUGUGGUCCGGGGCAUUCUGGAAGGAGCUGGUGCUGGAGCAGCUGGUGGAGCUGGUGCUGAGGCAGUUGCUGCUGACUGGAAGAAGUGUGACAUGGUGGCUAAGAUUCUGGCCUCCUGUCCCCAACAGUCCCUUUCUUUAGAAGCUUACUAUCAGCAAAUCUCCCCUCAGAUUCUAGAUUUAUUGCACAUUCAGGAUAAAUUGGUAGCCCGGCAAUUUCAGAGAGUUGCCACCACAACCUUCUUGACCAUGACAAGAGAACACCCUCAAUUAGCUAAAAAACACUUGAUUCAGCCAAUGUUAGAGCCAAUUCAUCGUUGUUCAAGUAUGGCAGAGUUGUUACCAGAGCUGGAAUUACAUCCAGGAACCAUUGUGGUAAAGGAGGAAGAACUUAGCCGCUGUUUGGAAGAUGCAUUUAAGGUGUUUGUGGUUGGCAAUGAGCCCGGCAUGGCCUUGCUGCAGUCCUUGCUUCCAGAUCUGGGGGUUGUUUUUUCUCUCUAUUGCUUUACUCGGAAGAAUGUCUCUCCCUUAAGGUCUUUCUGCCAAGAGAUCUUAUUAUGGAUGCUGGAGAAGCUGGAGAGAAAGGCCGCUCUUGCAACUCUGAAGGGACUGGCAGGUCUGGAUAAGUCAGUGCCUUCACUCCAUCCUCUGUGUGAAUUCAGGGCUGCCAGUCAGGGCGGCACAAUGGUGACUAUCAAAGAGACAAGCAGUGAUGAGGAUGAGGUUCUGUAUCAGAAAGUGGUGUCCGAGCAGGAACAGGCGGAGUUUCUGGUGGAGCUGCUGUCGCAGUGUCAGGAGAGCGGCCUGGCCGGGGACUUCUUCAUCUGCUGCUUGGAGGAGCUGACACAUGUAGCGGUGGAGAAGGAAGCCAAACCUCCCUCCAAGCCCUUCUCCCACCGAAGCCUCUUGGCCUUGGAGGAGUACCAGCGGGCUCUGGUCGAAGAGCAGGAGAAGAAGCUGCUGACCUUGCAGGUGGUGGCCGUUCUGUGUGAGAGGAUGUCCGAGACGGUCUUUACCAGCAUCAGCCAGGUGGUGGAAUUUGUAGCAGCAACAUUGAAGAGAGCAUGUCUUAGCUUAACCCAAGAGUUAGAGAGUACUGUGGAAGCACAGACUUUGAGUAUGUCAAUGGGACUGGUGGCUGCCAUUUUGGGAGGAGCUGUUCAGUUGAAAUCCAGUGACUUUGAAGUCCUGCAGAAGCUGGUCCCCCUGUUAGAAGAGGUCUCCUCUACCUACCCAGAGCCCGUCAUUCAGGAGCUCGCUGCUGAUCUCCGCAUCACCAUCUGUACCCACGGUGCCUUCUCCACUGAGGCGGUCAGUGCUGCGGCAGAGGCUACGAUGAAGAAAAAAGAGCCAGGAGGGGGCAAGCUGGAGGGUCGGCCUCAUACCAGGGCUCAGAGAAGCUCGGAUGGGCUGCAGCCCCACGGCGACACAGUCAGCCCCACCGAGAGCCCCUCCACUGCUCCCCCCGCACCCUCCACGGUCCAGGGCACAAGCCCCAGGCGGCAGCGCCCCUUGGCAGAGAGUGCCGCUGCCAACCAGGGCCCCAGGAGCCUGGGCCCAGAACGCUUUCAGGAGGUCCUCUUGUCAGCCUAUGACCCUGAAGUUCCAACACGGGCUGCUGCUCUGAGGACUCUCUCCUCCUGGAUCGAGCAGAGAGUUCCGCAGGCACUUCAGGGCCAGGAGAAGCUUCUAAAGGUAUUCUUAGAGAAUAUGGAACAUGAAGACACCUUUGUGUAUUUGUCUGCUAUUCAGGGUGUUGCCCUGCUGGCAGAUGUAUAUCCUGAGGAAAUCCUCCCAUCCCUGCUGGCACAGUAUGGGGAUAGCCCUGGAAAGCAUCCACCAGAGACCAGAAUGAAAGUGGGAGAAGCGCUGAUGAGGAUCGUCCGAGCAUUAGGGGACAUGGUCUCGAAGUACCGAGAGCCUCUGAUUCACACCUUCCUGAGGGGAGCCAGAGACCCCGACGGCAGCCACAGAGCCAGCAGUUUGUCCAAUCUCGGAGAACUCUGCCAGCGGCUCCAGUUUCUCCUGGGCCCCGUGGUUCACGAGGUGACAUCUUGUUUGGUGGCCGUCGCUAAGACAGACCCUGAGGUCCAGGUUCGAAGAGCUGCCGUCCACGUGGUGGUGCUCCUGCUGCGAGGGCUCAGCCAGAAGGCGACUGAAGUGCUGAGGGACGUCCUGAGGGACCUGUACCGCCUGCUGAAGCACGUGGCGCGUUCGGAGCCCGACGAGGCGGCCGCGCUGCACGCCCAGCUCGCCCUGGAAGAACUGGACGCCAUCAUGAGGAGCUUCCUGUUCCCGCCCCAGAGGCUGGAGAAGAAGAUAGUGGUGCUCCCCUAGGAGGCCCUUCCCGAGGGGGGGCAGGCAGCCAUCCCCGGCUCCCCCGGGCAGCAAUGAGGGGCUCGUGGCCCCCACGCCCCUCCCCCUCCCGCCCUGCUCCCCCCGGGUGACUUGGGAUGCCUGCAGAGGCUCCCGGGACAUCCUGCCCCCGCGGGAGGCUCAUCGCUCCGAAUCCCACGAGGAGCACUUGCCCAUUGAUGCUGAGGGUGCUCCUCCUCCCCGGGGUCACCGCACAGCUGGGAGGAGCCAGAAGGGACCUCGGGGACCCUCGGGUGCAGCCCAACGCCUCGCACUGUCAGCAGUGAGUUAGUGCCUCCUGAGAGCCCGGCCAGGCCUCUGGUCCCCCGGCCACCCCGAGCAACAGGGCUGCACCCCACACGGGGACUGGGGGACCGGGCCUGCCGGCUGCCCCAGAACCGGGCCGCCCCUGCCCGGGCCAGAACAGGCCCAGCUCUGCCCGCUCCUCCCCCAUUUGGUGGGUUACUGCGUUGUCGAUGGCAAAUGGGGUGAGGGCAGCCCCCGCCCUUUGUGCGAGGGGAGGGUUUCCGUUUCUGAUGGGAGAAGGCGUGGGUUUAGAAUGAAGGUGACAUAAAAAAUCAAUAAAAAUCUUAGAAGAAA